AUGGGGGGGCUGGCGCGUGUCAACCCCCCCUCGCAGUGCACGAGCCUCCUUCCAUCAGCCUCCCAGCGGGGGGGGCGACAGUCGGGCACGUGUUUCUUCACACCUCCUAGACUCAAAUGGCUGCGCACACUGAUAGCGAAAGGACUUUACCAAGAACAGACAAGCGCAAGACAAACCAUGGAGAAUAACGGUGGAUUACCUUCUGCUUUUAACGGAGACAACGUCCCCACCCAGCAGUCCGACAUGUGGAGACCUUGGACUGGAGAGGACAAGCCCGACGCACACAAGAUUUAUUCCGAACAUGGAGACCCCUCUGAUCCCAAAUCCUCAAAACCUCCUCAAUUCGUCCACCCAGUCAAGUUGUAUUGGCCAAAGUCGAGAUGCUUCGAUUACCUGUUCCAGGACGCGGAAAUGCUCCUGCGCAACUAUCCGGUCCAAGCGACCAUCUGCGUCUACGAGGACUCGAGCAGCGAUGAAGACAGUGAUGAUGAAGAGGAGGAGAUGGACAAGGAGCUGAACUAA